AUGAAAAACCUGGUUGGUGAUGGUCAUGACAUUAAUGCACUACACGAAGGGUGCCACAUCCUCCAUUACUACGAUUUUACUAACGAGCAUUUCGAGUCACUUGUCGGCCUCGGGAUUGACAUCAAUGGGCGAGAUGCAUAUGGACAAACAUUGUUUCUUCGUGCAAUCAGAGAAAACUUUCAGCCUCAACGUAUUUGGGAGGCUGAAUCUAACGAGGAACCUGAUGGGGAAGGUGGGGGAGAAUUGUAUAGUUCAGCGGAACGCGCAGAGAAAUUCGCAGAGGACCAUUUGGGCAUGAUUCAGGAAGCUCUAUUAUGGCCCGAUAUUGACAUUAACGCGAGUGAUCGACGGGGAAUGACGCCUCUCCAUGCCGUUAUUAUACACGAUUGUUUCUAUGCUGACAUAUUGCUGGAGAUGUUGAUGACUCACGAAGAUUUGGAAUUGAACCCCCAGGAUGAGCUUGGACGUACCCCAUUGACUCUCGCUAUACAUUGGGGAAAGGAGCAAAUGACUCGCACUCUUUUGAGUAAGCCUGGGGUCAGCAUUGAAACUGCGCGGAUUCAAGGCGAAAACCCUCUAAUCAACGCUACCCGCCAAGGUUGGACAGAUCUUGUUUUCUCUAUGCUUUACCGCUUAGACAGUAUUGAUCAAUUCUCGGACGAUAGUGGGAGAAAUAUUCUUCAUUGGGCAAUUAUCGUUGGAAUGAUGGACGUCUUCGAGCUCGCUCUAAAGAAAAGCCCCAAUCUCCUAGCUGUUCCGGAUAAGAAUGCUAUGACACCUCUUCAUUACUCAGCCCAAGAAGGUGAACACCGCGCAACUGAGAUUUUGUUGUCUUAUGGUGCGUCCCCGACAGCCAGGGCAAGUUUUGGUCAAACUCCUCUUCACCUAGCAGCAGCAAAGGGUUAUACGCGAAUUAUGAAGGUAUUAGUUGCAUAUUUGCCGACACCUUGCGCUAUCAACCAAAGUGAUUCAAUGGGAUGGACCGCACUUCACCGUGCCGUCGUCUCUGGAAACGAUGUCUUGGUGAACUACCUCACUUCGCUUCAGAGUGUGGAUUUGGCUAAAGCCGACCGUCAUGGCCGAGCUGCCGUUGCUUUUGCUGCAUCCUUUGCCUCUCUGACAACCUUGAACAUUCUUCUCGAAGCCAGCGCCAGAGACCGUACAAUCAGAGGUCAACAGGCGGAUAUUUUUUGUAUCGACGCCUUUGGCAAUAGUCUCCUUCACUUGGCAGCCAGAGCAAACAAUGAGUCAACGCUGGACUUCCUCGUUAUGAUGAUCCCGCGUACUGGCAACCGACCCAAUAAGUGGGGGAGAGCUGCGCGUGAUCUCAUCUCCUCGGAGUUGUCUCUUCCUUUGUCGUUGCAAUUGAAGCUCAACACAUAUGGUCUUCAAAACUGCGCCCACUUCUCCACACUGAAGCAUCACUGUUGCUUAGACGCGAUUGAAAAACCGGAGCGUCCAUUUCAUUUCGAUUGGAAAAUCAUCAGGCAUGAAAAUACGCCCGGUAUCAUUCGUAUAGAAGAAACAGUGGCUGAAGUCUCUGAAAGUGAAGAUGAUGAACCUACCAUAACUCCAUUUUCUUUCUCUGCUGACGGAAUUUGUUUUGAUCCUGUGCGCUAA